ACCGAAUCUCCUCUGCUUCCGCCAUCACUGUCGCCGUCGUUGUCCGCCACGACAAGCUCAACAAGUCACUUUCUUGCCAGUCUCGAGUGAGAGUACCUGGAUAGAGUAUCGGUGACGCGACAUGGCGUCCGCCGCAUACACACUCGCGGCGAAGGCGGCGCAUAUGCUGCUCGUCCCCCUCGAUGCUUUCGCCACCGCGAACGCGCUCGGUGAGGGCGAAGACCCAACGUUACCCCCCGGAUCCCCUCCAACGCGAACCUUUGAGGGACCUUGGUUCCAAACGCAGCUGACGAUAUCGUGUGCUCUUGGCUUCUCGUCCUUCAUCAUCUUCUCGUAUUGCAGGACGCGAUGGCCCAUACUGUUUGCGCCGAGGACGAAGCUGAAAGGCUUCUCCCCACAUGAAGCGCAUGAGGCUCCCGGCCCCACUGUACCCUCCGCUGCGCACCCUUUCGCAUGGCUCUUCGCCCCCUUCGCAUGGAUAGGUCCAACCAUUCGCACUUCUGAAUACACCGUGUUGCAGAUCGUUGGCCUUGACGCGGCCGUUUUGCUAUCGUUCUUCAAGAUGUGCUUCUAUCUAUUCGCAUCUGCGAGUGUAUUUGCGGUCGCCGUCCUUAUGCCAAUCAAUUUUCAGAACAACAAAGACCUACUUGAUGACGGCGACGAUGGCGACCCGAAUGACGAUUGGCCGUACCUUCUUCCCAAGCGCGCUAUCCUACCCUCAACGACCGUCCCCCCGAACUCCACGAAUGGCACUGUUCCCGGCCGCGACUGGCUUGACCUCAUCUCGGAUGCAAAUUCAUACCUCUCCGCGCACCUCGUCUUCACCUACCUCUUCACCGCGCUCGCCCUCUUUUUCAUCCGCCGCAACUAUCGACGCUUCAUUCGCGCGCGCCAGCUCUUCUCCCUCGAGCUUGUGCACUCGAUCCCCGCGCGCACGGUUCUCGUAACGCGCCUGCCGCAGCACCUCAAGUCCGAGCGCGCGCUCGCGGAGUACUUUGAGGCAAUGGAUCUGAGCGUGGAGAGCGUGUCGUUGGUGAGGGAGGUGGGGUCGCUGAAGAGGCUGCUGGAUGCGAGGACGGAGGCGCUGUUGAGGCUGGAGAGGGCGUGGGUGAGGUAUGUGGGGAAUCCGAGUGCGGUAGAGGAGUAUGACCCGGAGGCGGCGGAGGGUGCGCAGUUGGUGGAUGUGGAGGAUGGGAGUGAGGUGGAUUUGGAGGCCAAUGGUGGCUUCCGCAACUACGACGCGGCGACGAGCAACGAGCGAAGGCGCUUCGUAGUCCCACAUCGCCCUCGACCGACUUUGCGACCGCGAUGGUUCGCUCUCAGGCGAUGCGCCUGCCUUCCCUUCCCGGUCCCAUGGCUAGCGCCGAAGGUCGAUGCGUUAGAGUACCUCGAAUCGGACUUCCGUGCUCUCGACGACGAGUUCAAGAAGCGGCGAAGGAACGGCAGGUUUAAGGCGACGGAGACAGCGUUCGUUACAUUCGAGAAGAUGUCGAGUGCGCAGGUGGCCAUUCAGGUUGCGCAUGCCCCUGCACCCCUGCAGACUGUCACGAAGCCAGCGCCUGAGCCUAGGGAUAUCGUGUGGUCCAAUAUGACGCCCUCGCAGCGCUCUAUCAUGACUCGCGACACCGUUGUCAUGGCUCUCAUGGGCUUGCUCUUGUUCUUCUGGGUCAUUCCCACAUCGGCUUUGGCGUCUUUACUGUCGUAUAAGGAGAUCAAGAAGACUAUUCCUUGGCUGGCACGCCUCAUCGACCGGAACGAGACGAUCGAGGCGAUUGUGCAGAACUCCUUACCCUCUGCGGCGAUCAUCACGCUGAACGCGCUACUACCCUUUUUGCUCGAGGCUUUGACGUAUGCGCAGGGUUAUCGCGCGAGGAGUUGGAUUGAGUACUCGUUGUUGAAGAAAUACUUCCUCUUCCUGCUCAUCAACGUUGUCUUCAUCUUCCUGCUAGCGUCGACGUACCUGCAGCUGGUUAUGGAUUUGGCGAACUCGCCGGCGAAGAUUCCGGAGAAGGUUGCGCAGGCGUUGCACGCAGGCAAGGCGAGGCACUUCUUCCUUUCCUACGUGAUCCUUCAGAGCUUGGGUAUCAUGCCGCUGCAAUUACUUAACCUCGGAGUCGUCAUCCCGCGUAUUCUCAUGCGUAUCUUCGUGACGCGGACACCGAGAGACUUCGCCGAGCUGAACGCGCCACCGCUGAUCAACUACGGCGUCGUGUACCCGCAAGCCAUCCUCAUCUUCGUCGUUACCCUGCUGUACAGCGUCACACAGCCCCUCAUUGUUGUCUUCGGCGCGUUGUACUUUGGCAUCGGCUACGUGGUGUACAAGUACAAACUGCUCUUUGUCUUCUACAAGCCUUACGAGUCAAGGGGGCAGGCUUGGCCAAUCACCUUCAUCCGUCUGAUUUGGGGCGUGGUCAUCUUCCAAAUCUUCAUGGUCGGUUUCUUCCUCCUGAAGAAGGCGUAUAUCAUCUCGACGAUCAUGGUCCCGCUCCUGGGAUUCACUGUUGUCUGGACGUGGUGGGUUGACCGCACGUUGGCGCCACUGUCGAAAUUUGUCAGCCUGAGUUCCGUGUGCGAGGUCGAGAGGGGCGAGGAGACUGCUGAUGUUGUGCGGCUGCGGGCGGGCCAUCCGGUAACGUGGAGCCAGAGCAAUUUAAACCGGCGACGGUAUGCACAGAACGACGAUACCCUGUACGUCGCACCGGAGGAUGAGCGGACAGACUACUCGCAACCCCCAAUGGCAAAUUGGUAUGCCGGCGUGCUCAACACUGGCAAGCGCCGCUAUGGUCACCCCGCACUCAACGGUGUUCUCCCCGAACCCUGGCUGCCCUUGAAGAAGGGCCAGACGCUCGUCAACUCUCAACACCUGCACAAGGAUGCGACUGGCAAUGGCGAACCCGCCGUCGUUCUCAGCCUUCGCAAGCGCGCGAGCGUCGUCCACCGGCGACGGUCUGCCGCUGCGCCCGACCUGCUCUCCGGCGAAGCCGCCAACGGCGAGCCACGCGACGACGCCAACCCGUGGCAGCAGGAAAGCCCUGCGCGUCCAAGUCAAAGGCGGGCGCGAACGGCGCCUGCGCCGCUGCACCACCGGCUGAGCUUCGAUCAGGCGACGGGCGUGAUCAAUCUGCCCGAUGACGAGAGCUGGCUAGUCGGCGGGUUGGAGGGAGAGGAAGCGGCCGCAGCGGAGGACGAAGAGGACGUGGACUCGGACGAGGAUUACGGGACGGUGCAGCAUAUCGUCGUGCACAACCCGUCGCGGCGAACGAGCCUGAUGGGGCAGGGGAGGCAGGGCAGCGUAGGACCGCAGAGGGUGGCCAGUGGCUCGCAACCAAGGCCAAGGACGUUCAGCGGGCAGGGGCUGCUCGAUCGGCAGGUGCUUGACGUGCCCGCGCGGCAGCUGGACGCGGGCAUGCGGAAUAGCGGGAUCGUGGGCAGCUUGGGGAGCGUGGCGGAGGUGGGUGGGGGUGGAGGUGAGGGUGGAGGGGCGAUCCAGCUGGGCGGGGAGGAUGUUCUGGGAGGCGGAGAGAGCGUUGUCGGAGAGGGUUCGGUUGCCGGUGACUCGGUGGUCGGGGAGGAGGGGACGCCGUCGAGGACGUCGAGGUAUGGGACGUACUUCCAUCAUCCGGAGAGGAGGCGUUUGCAGAUUCCGGGGGCGUUCCCGGGGAGGUGAUCAAGCGGUUUUCGGGGGUAGGAAUGGGGUUUUGGAGGAGGUCAAGAAGAAACGCGCCGGAGGGGAUUGGAGCAAUGUCGACGCUCAUAUGUGACUAUUGAUCGCACUUUCGUUCUGUGCUAUUGUAUACCUCCUAGUACUUGUAUAUAUGUAGGCCCUGCUUGAUGGAAGGUGGCUUUUGGUUUGUUCGGAUAGGAUAUUAUAUACAUUCUGGCUCAGCCCAGCUUGCUUCUGCUAUGUGGUGUUUACACCGCUUCGGCGAUGGCCGCG